UGAACUGAACUAUUUUAUGUGUCAAAUUGUCAUAUCAAAAAUAAACCAAACAUUUAAGACAAGCGAUGGAAAUGAAUUAAUUAUUAUACAUUGUUCAGAGAAUAUUACAUACAAUAAAAUUGUAAUUAACUGUAGAAUGAGUGAAUAGAAGUAUUGAAGGGGUUAUAUCCAAUCCAUUAUGGCUUUACCAACAAACUAUAAACAAGUGGCAAUGCAAAUGCCUAGCCCCCAAACACCCAACCAUUUACUGGCCGCUGGCUCUCCCAUGACUUUCAACAUAUUGAAAGAACGUUUGAGGGCUUCAGGUGGUUCCGGAUCCUCUUCAGCAAAAGAAACAAAUCCAUUUGUCUCUACACCAAAUGGUCAUUCAGGUUUUGUUCCCCAAAAAAUUGGAAAGAAUGCCUCGAAUGAUGCAAAAAAUCUCAAGCCACCGAAAGCGCCUGAAAAACCUACAAUGCCUUAUAUGAGGUACAGUAGAAAGGUUUGGGAUCAAGUCAAAGCUCAGAAUCCUGACUUAAAAUUAUGGGAAAUAGGAAGAAUUAUUGGACAGAUGUGGAGAGAUUUACCUGAAGAACAAAAACAAGAAUUUGUUGAAGAGUAUGAAAAUGAAAAAGUGGAAUAUGAAAAAAGUUUGAAAAACUAUCACAACUCUCCAGCAUAUUUAGCAUUCAUUGCUGCAAAAAAUAAAAAAUCUGGACAAGGAAAUGACGGAGAAACCCAUGAAAGAAGAGAAUCAUCUAAGCAAGCGGCAGACAGGGAUAGAAGAAUUGAAAUACAGCCUGCAGAGGAUGAAGAUGACCAAGAUGAUGGAUAUUCAGUGAAACAUGUAGCAUAUGCGAGAUACCUUAGGAAUCAUCGUUUGAUAAAUGAGAUUUUUUCGGAAACUGUAGUUCCAGAUGUAAGAUCUGUCAUAACAACUGGUAGGUUGCAAGUUUUAAAAAGGCAAGUUCAGUCUUUAACAAUGCAUCAGAAGAAACUGGAAGCUGAACUGCAGCAGAUCGAAGAGAAAUUUGAAGCCAAGAAAAUGAAAUUUAUCGAGAGCAGUGAGGCCUUCCAAGAAGAAUUAAAAAAACACUGUAAGCCAGCAGUUGAUGAAGAAACAUUCCAGAAAAUGGUAGAAAAGCAAUAUGAAUCUCUGAAGAGGGAAAGAGCACAAAGGUUCGAAGAACCUCCAAAACCCAAGAUCGAGGAAAAUGGAAAAUCAAAUCAAGAAGUGAUGUCUUCUCCGGAAUCUCAGCAUUCUCAACCAGCAGCAGAAAAUAAUCAAUCAGAUCCAGAGCCAAUGGAUCAAGAUAAGGAUGAACAUUCAAACUCCGAGGCUCCCGUUGGUCCGAGUGGAAUUGCAAAUCAGAGACCCCUCAACGGAGUGGCUAAUCGUACCGAGCCGCCAAAACCUGUAGAAAAGCAGCCUUUCCAUCCACAUCCAUCUUACAUUUCUGGGAACUCGGAGCAAUCCGUUCCUUCCCCACAGUCGCAUCAACAUUCAGAAACUCCCCCUCCAACAGCUCUUUCCUUGAAUAUGUCGACCACAUCAAGUUCGAUGGCUCCUCCUCCCAAUCAUCCUCAGCCUGCAGCUCAGUUGCCGCCCGGUCAUUCGAUACCGCAUCAUCCUGGAGUUCCACAAAAUCAUCCCGGUAUGCCCCCGAUCCACCCAGGUAUGCCUCCUGCUCCUCCCCAUAAACCCCACAUGCCUACCCAAGGUUCAGGUAGUGUGCCAACCCAUAAUAUUCCCCCUCAUGCUCCUGUUCAUUCUACGCCCCACCCUCCAGCUCAUCCGGUACCACCACAUCCUUCGCAGACUUCAAUGAUGCCACCUUCGCAGGUGCCACCGUACCAGCAGUAUCCUCCGCAGAAUGCUUCGCAGUCGGUACCUCUUCCUCCAAGACCUCCCCAUCCUGCUUAUCCUCCGUAUCCCCCACAACAGCAGCAAUCUUAUCAUCAGGGCCCACCGCAACCCUAUCCCGGACAGUUUCCUGCUCAUUCCUAUUAUCCUCAGUCUUACCAUCAGUAUCCGCCUCAUAUGAAUAGACCCCAUCAUUUUCCUCCCCAUUCUGGAAUGCCUUCAAUGGAGGGGCAGCAACCAGUAUCUGCGGGUGCACCUGAAAAUCACCCUCCUACUGGACAUCAUAUGUAUGGCGUACAUCCCCCAUCGCAACCGGAAGCCGAUCAUAGAAUGUCAGAGGAUAAUGUAUCUGAGGAUAGUAAGGAUGCCCAUGACGAAAAUCUAGGUGAAGAAAAAAAGGACUAAGAAUGUAUUACGACUCACAUAAAAAUAAUGAAGUAAAUAGUUGCCACGAAGAAACACAUGUAUAGUGAAAUAAAGUGAAUUUAUGUUAAUUUACAGUUGGUGAAAAAUAAUGUUUGAAUUAAUAUUUCUUUAAAAAAUCAUUUAUAGGAUAAAUAGUUGUAUAAUA